AGACAUUUUGACAUUUCGGAUCAUCCCGCGUGAGUAGCACUCGCUUUUCCACCUUUUAUAUGGCCUGGAAAUGCUGCUUUUCUGCCCGACUUGUGGGAAUCUGCUGAUGGUGGAGGAGGACUCGCUCUGCAAUCGCUUCGCCUGCCGCAGUUGUCCGUACAUUUGCAACAUCACGCGCAAAUUCGCCUUCCGCACAUAUCCAAAAUUGAAGGAAGUGGACCACGUGAUGGGAGGCGCUGCCGCCUGGGAGAACGUAGAUUCCACAGACGCCGUGUGCCCUCAGUGCAACCACCGCAGAGCGUACUUCAUGCAAAUGCAGACCCGCUCGGCGGACGAGCCCAUGACGACCUUUUACAAGUGCUGUAACCAGCUGUGCGGAUUCAACUGGCGCGAGUAG